UCAUGAAUAAUUAAUCGUAUACCAAUAUUGUUCUACUCCGUGCGCGCUGGCGCUGACAGAAAAAAAAAACAAGCUACGAUUUUAAGUUGAAGGUUGAUAAUAAUGACGACGGCGAUAUACCUCGAACACUAUCUUGACAGCAUUGAAAACUUGCCAUGUGAACUACAAAGAAACUUCACCCUGAUGCGGGAGCUGGACAACAGGACAGAGGAAAAGAAGGGAGAGAUUGAUAAACUUGCAGAAGAGUACAUCACAAAUGUCCGGAACCUGGCGUCUGAGCAGAGGGUGGAACAUCUGCAGAAGAUUCAGAGCGCCUACAGCAAAUGUAAAGAAUACAGUGAUGACAAAGUGCAACUUGCCAUGCAGACGUAUGAAAUGGUUGACAAGCACAUCCGAAGGCUGGACGCAGACCUGGCCCGCUUCGAGAACGAGCUAAAAGAGAAGCUGGAUGUCAGUGGUUAUGAGAGUCCUGAGAGUAGAGCACUAAAAAAAGGAGGAGGCAGAGGGCUUAAGGAUAAGCGAGGAUCCAAAGGCAGAGGAAGAAAAUGUUCAGAUGAAGACUCACCUCGAAAGAAAAAAAUUAAAAACAGUCCUGAUUUCCAGGAGUCCCUAUUGCCCGUGCACCCAUCAGAUGUCCUGGACAUGCCAGUGGACCCCAACGAGCCCACAUACUGUUUGUGCCAUCAAGUGUCGUAUGGAGAAAUGAUUGGAUGUGACAACCCUGAUUGUCCAAUCGAAUGGUUUCACUUUGCAUGUGUGGAUCUCACAACAAAGCCCAAAGGAAAAUGGUUUUGUCCGCGGUGCACCCAGGAUCGGAAGAAGAAAUAAGAUCUCUAAUGCUGACUUUUAUAUGUAACUGUGUGUGUGUAUGUAUGUAUGUGUUUUUUAUUUAUAUAUAUAUAUAUAUAUAUAUAUAUAUAUAUAUAUAUAUAUAUAUAUAAUGAGUGUGUGCAUUUUGUCUAUGUGGUGAAAUAGGAAAUUAUGUACAGUAUAUAUAUAUAUAUAUAUAUAUAUAUAUAUAUAUAUAUAUAUAUAUAUAUAAAAUCACUUUCUAUAUGACUAUGAUAAAGGAAAAGAGGGUCACAAUGAAACAAAACCUUUAUUUUUUAAUGUACUUGAAAUGUGUCUGUUUUGUUAAUUCAGAAAAAAAAGUUUCAUAUUGUACUACAAGUAGUCUGGUAUUAUUUUUAUUUUCUAUGGAAAGUGUCAACUUACAUAUGUGUAUAUAUACAAAUGUCUACUGAAUUAGCUACAUAGGAUUUCUUGCUGUAUGAAAUCAAAGCACCAAAUUCGUUGCUCUUGCAACUUCAUUUUGCAUAUUUACAUGCUGAAAUGUUGUUUAGGUCUCACGAAAACAUUUACAGCAAUAAUUUAAGUUAUGAGGAUUUUAUUUUGAAGUAAAUGUCAAAGAUGCCAUGUGCCUGCUGGAUGUUGUAUCUUUAGAGGAAAAAGCCUGAUUUUACUUGCUCUCAAAUUAUGACGUGACUACUUCUGUAACUCUAUCCAGACGAUCAACAGCUCAUCUGUGUUGUGUGUAUACUAUUGGCUGCUGCUUUGGCAGAAUCAGACAUUUCCUCCACCACCUUUGAUGCACUUUUUUAUUUUUAUUUUUUAACCAGAAUUUGCUCUCUUUAGCACCAUGACCAACGCCUGUGUUCUCAGAAGUGUCUCAGAGGGGGAGUCAGGUCUCGAAUCAGUUGCCCUGCCAUGUUGUUUUGUUCAUUAAGAAUACUCUUUGCUUGUGUCCUAGAACGGAAGAGCUCACUCUUCAAGGAAAUAAGCGGACCAAAAAAGAUUUUGAUGUGUUUAAUUUUUAACCGCAAAUGCAAAUAAUCGUUAAUGGGUUAUUUGUGAUGUUUGUAUGUCAAUCAUAAAUUAAGACAAAGAAUCCAUACUGCUAUGAGAUACUUUAUUACUUUGUAAAUGAGUUUAAAGUAACCCUAAGCAUAGUGUUUUUAUUUAUUUAUAAAUACAUCCUCACAGUCCACAUGCUAGUCAAAGUGUGAAAAUUGUCUGCACCAUGAAUUACAUUUUUGUUUUAAUUGAACUAAAAAUCUAAUUGGAAAAUUAGUUUCUGGUUUAGGGUUAUUACACCUGUGGGUUUUUUGGUAGGGUUUGAGGCACUUCUUUGCAUUUUCAUAAAAUAUGGAUUUAUUAAAUGUACGUGCUGCUGUU